AUGGCUACGGUUAACAAUCAAGCGGAUUCCAUAUCGAAGCACAAUGCCCAUGAGCCAGUGGUAACCUCUACGACUCCCAGUCCGGAUAUCGAGUCACAGGAAUCAACGACCAAACAGGAAGCCACCGCAAUAUCAGAGCCCUCUCGUAACGAUGCGGACCUGGAGGACAACUCUAACGUCCCUCGGCUCUCGAUCCCUAAACUCUUCUGGUUCUUCUUCUACAACUUCGGCCUUUUCGCCUGGGGAGGCCCUGUUGCGCAGAUUGCCAUGAUCAAAGAGCAACUCGUUGUUCAAGAAAAAUGGAUUACUCUAGCACGAUUCCAGCGUGUCUUCUCCGUCUACCAGAUCCUUCCCGGCCCUGAAGCAGCGGAGCUUUGCAUGUUCUUUGGGUGUCUUUCCGCAGGGAGAUUAGGCGGCAUUGUUGCUGGCCUCGCCUUCAUACUCCCUGGCUUCAUCUUGAUGCUCAUAGCAAGCUAUGUCUACUCCCUGGCUGGGCUUGACAACGUGUAUGUCAACGCGUCUUUCAGGGCUCUGCAACCGAUCGUGGGCGCAAUGAUCCUACGAGCAACACACAAGAUAGCCGAUCACUCGGUGAUGAAACCGAAGACUCGCAAAGUGGAUCCUUUCCUCAUUAUCGCAGCUGUUUGUACAGCAAUCAACAGUGCACUCCGCAUUAACAUUUUCAUUUCGCUCGGGCUUUACGGCGUGAUAUACGUCUUCAUCUCUCGACGCUGGUGGAUUCCCGCUGGGAUCCUCUUCGUGCUUCAAUAUGUCGCCUACGCGCUUUACGUUAUCUUCCGGGGCGUCCCAUCUCCCGUCUCCCUCGCUCUCGGAAUAGCAAAGACGCCUUCCCUCAUCAACCUCUUCGUCCUUGGUCUUGUAGCCGGAAGCCUCUCGUUCGGCGGAGCAUACACGGCUAUACCGUUUGUCCAAGUUGAGGCAGUCCUGAAAGGCGGCUGGUUACCUCAGAGCGUGUUCAUUGACUGUAUCGCAAUCGGGAACAUCCUGCCUGCACCGCUGGUAAUCUUUGCAACCUUUGUGGGCUUCCAAGGUGGACUUCGGGAAGGAGGAUUGGGAACGGCAUUUGCAGGCGCAGUUAUCAUUACGUUAGGGAUGUUCUUCCCUUGUUUCGUGUUUACCAUUGCCGGCCAUAGCCUGCUUGAGAAGUUGGUCCGCAACAAGUUUCUCUCCGCUUUCUUUGACGGCCUAUGCGGUGCCGUCGUCGGCGUCAUAGCCAUCAUAGCAGCACAAUUCCUCAAGUCCAGCGUUGAAGGCGCCGCCGGAAAGACAGACGAGAUAGCCAGCGAGGCCUAUAAUCGGAUUUCGCAAAGCGGACCCGCCGCAGUUUUGUAUCUUCUGGCGUUGGCAGCGCUAUACAAGUUCACCAACAAGUAUACUCCGCUGCUGUUGUUAGUGUUUGGGGCGGUCGCGGGCCAGUUCAUCUUCGUCUCAUAUGACGCGUAG